CGAGGCGGACUACACGAGGCACGCGAUCACGGAGCGAGCUGUAGCAGUUUAUGAAAAACAUGGGCAACCCGCGGCAGCUCGACGUGGCUCUCAUCCGAGCAAUUAUGGACCAUCCAGUCUUCUACGAUAAAAACUCCUGGGGCUAUAACGAUAUCGAAGCCAAGGAAAAACUAUGGACGGAGAUCGCGGCCAGUCUGAACUUGGAAGUCGAUGCCUGUCGAGCGCGCUGGAAGAAUCUUCGAGACACCUUCGUGAAGAGUCGUCGGAAGAAACCCCAGUUUAGGAGAGUUGGCACCAAGUUCGUGCGGCAGACCCGCGUCAACAGAUGGCGCUACACUGACGAAAUGGCGUUUCUCGUCCCCUACCUCAACCUCCGAGAACCAGAGAAAGCUGACAGCACUAUAACCGACGACACAGAGUUCGAAAUAACCACCAACGACAUCAAGGAAGACCUAGACCAGGAGGGUCUGGCGCAGGAGGAGGAAGGGGAGACAACCCGUCAGAGUCGGAAAAGAAGCAGAGCAAGUAAUCAGACCAAUAUCCGACCAUCGUGUUCCUCCCAGGACCCGGAUGAAGCCACGGAAGAGAGGCCGACAAAGGUGUACCACCAGCCGAUGUUGGCAGCUCCUCAGGAGAUGGACGACAUUGAGUCAUUCUUCUACAGCAUGGGCCAAAGCGUCCGAAAUCUGCCAAAACAUUUACACAGUCGCGUGAAGCUGAGAGUGUGUCAGGUCGUGACGGAGGCGGAGGUAGAGUUCCACACCCCAACUGUUACAGUGUACAGUGGCGAGGAGACGCUUGAUGUGAAACCUGUCAUAGAUCUGUAUCAGACCUCGUGAUCACACAUGUUAUGUAUCUAUACGUAGUACCCGGAUUUAAUGAUCCAGAAUCAUAUACGGUGGUAUCAGGUCGAUGGAGUCAAGACCUGUGUAUUUUGGGGACAUAGGGUGGUCCAUAGGAGAAUGUGAGCUGUGGAUAGACAAUGCGGUAUAACAU